AUGAGCUUUAACCUCCCAAACCCCUGUUUGAUUGGAAUAUUGCUCAUAAUCUCAACUCAUAGCGGACCGCAAUUAGUUUACAAGUACCCCACAGAUCUCUCUUCUGGUUUAUCUUCUGAUAUAGAUCAAGAUGGCAGAAUAACGCAUAAUAGUUCAGCAACAACAGAUGAACAAACCAAUAAUGCAGAGAAGGACGAAGAGGAAGAGGAAGAUGAAGAUGAGUUAUACGAAUAUAGAAAUGAUGAAGAUCUUGUGGAUGAUCAAAACAGUCAGCAUUUGAUAAAUGAAACUGGAACCGAUCGUAACUUAUAUGGUAUAAAUAGAAGUUGGGACUUUCGUCACUUGCAGUAUUACCUAGGGACCAAAUUGGAUUUGAAAACUUUUUUGGAUGAACAAGAUGGUCGUCGGAAACAGUUGAGGCAAAGAAAAGAAGAAAAAAAUCAAAGUAGGUCCGUACAAGUACCGCAUGCAGCGAGCGAACAUAAGGACCUAUCUAGGGCAAACUCCGAGAAUAAGUCCUUUGCGCGCACGGUAAUAUCAGAUAAAGGGCAAGCACAUCCAACAAAAGCAGGAUCCAUCAAUGACAAGAUUUUUGGCAUGGAUCCGGCAUACCUAUGUGAAAUGUUGGCACCGCCUCGUCCAAUGUGCAAUACAAGAUUCGAGGUAACAAUUGAAGAUAAAGUUUUUUUAGGUUUGCCCACUCAUAGGCACGAUAAUGGGGCAUGGAAGACUAAAUUUGCCAGCAAUAAUGGAUCGUAUUCAAAUACAAAACACAACAAUGGAGGUGUGGCGGAGAAUGAUUCAUCGGCGACCACACUGGGCUCGACAUCGAAUUUAAACAUGUUUCAUCUCGUUUUUGUUAUGAAUCCACCUGCCAUUGAAAAUAACUAUAGGGUUGACGAAAUGUUUCAGCACGUCAUUUCCAAACUAUCGUUGGUUCUUCGACACGCACAACAAAAACACAAUUAUGUUGGACAACAAGUGAAGACUAUUUUCAAAUUGAGAGAUGAAAUGGCUGACGAGAGAUCUUUGGCUCAGUACUCGUCACUCUGCAAAUUGAUUUGCGAUUGUUAUCAUGCAAUAAGCUCAUCGAAAAUUGCGAAUUUGCUAAUAGAUGGGAAGAUGAAAUCUUUUCAGAUACCUGUAAAAUCCGAGUUUCAUUCUUUACCAGAAGCAUCAGUACCGUUCAUUCCUGGUUCAUAUUUAUGCUCAGCAUCCAAUAUUUUGAACAAUAACGGAUUUGUAAAUGUGGGAGAGUCUUCUAGGUACGACCAUACCCAUCAUAGCCAAAUCCAAACAGAAGAAAGCACGGAGGAGAUAAUCGUUUAUUUUGCACUUUUAUUGCUUGACGAACCAGAGAAUAUUAUCAAAGAUAUAAAAACUUCAAAAGAUUCUGUCUUGUCUGAAUUCAUCAGAACAAUUCAACCUACAGAGUCGUUACUUAAAUUUUCCAUUCGCGUUCCCAAAUUUGACAUUUUACAAGUAAAGUCGUUUGCAUUCCAUUUGAUAUACUGGAGAAGGGCAAGGAUUAUACAGCCGUUAUCGUCACGAUCUGUUUAUGUGGUUUCACCAAUGUCUUCUUUGACGAUCAAGUUGUAUGAAGACAUAUCUGCUUUCAAAGAUAGAUUUCCCACCUUACCGUCUUUGCCACACUUUCUCAAACUUCUUUCGCCACAGUCUAGGAAGCCGCAGCAGUAUGCGUCUAUAAUACCUUCCAGGGACCACCGAGGCAGCUACUUGGAAGCACUCAGCUGGCUAACGAGAUUUGGAUACGUUACCCAGCAACUUACAUUUAUUUGGCUUAAGAUUUCCAAGAAAAUCAAAAUUAAAAUAGAAGAAGAUAUCGAAAACGAGACACUUGCUAAACGUGGUGUUAAGACGAAAACUCCGAAUAUCAAGACAAAGUCUACAGACAACACGUCGAAACAAACGGGAGAUAUUAUUGCUUCUCAGGGCAACAACAAUAUUCUCAAGGGUCAUGAGGAACGCGACACAUUCUUUAAUACCGAAGAAGCUAUUAUGCUGAGUUUAAAUGAGCAUUUUAAAAAGUCAUCCUUGGUAUCAAUAGUGGAGGAUGAUGACACUAUUAUCCUUGACCCAGGAAGAGCGUCCACAUUGGAACGACGAUGGAUAAACGAACUAAUUUUUGAAGAAUGUAAAUUGUCGUCGGAAUUGACAGCUAUUUUUUACAAGUUAUUGAAGUAUAUGAAUGGAGAAAGUCCUCUUGAAUUGUUGCUAUUAAAGGAAAACGUUUCUAGAGCAGAGUUGAAAAAACUCUUAUAUGCCAUUGAGGACCAUAUUAUCUCUGUAAGGCAUUGGUGA